CACAAAAGACGAUAAUAAGAAAAUUGUUAAAAAGGUUCAGAAUAUGUAAUAGCAAAAGCAAAUAAAAAUUGAUAGAAUUUUGCUUGUUGCCAUAUUCAUACCUGAAUUGUGGUGGAAAUGCGAAACGGUAGCCAUGCUGAGUGCAACUUUUUUAAAUUUAUACUCGUAGUAGUAGCUCGUUACUCUUUGCAAAUCAAUGAAAAGUGGAAAUUUUCUUUUUUAGGGGUAAACCUUGUAACAAAAAACAUGUUUGCAGAAGUGGCAAAACUAUUAAAUCAAUUGCGCGCUAAUAGUUUCAAUCAAAUUUAACAUACGAAUUGGCCGCAGUUACAGGGGCACAUAGUGCGAAAAUAUCAAGAGAAUCUAGUCACGCGGUGGCUCAAUCGCAAAUGGUGCUUUCUAAAGAAUUGUACAAAAUUUGUUACUCGAACAAUAGCCGCUAAAAAUGCCCGACUAUUAGAGCAAAAUAUUGAAGGUUGUGCACUUAUUGAAUAAGUGCAGGUAAAAGUGUGCGAAUUGAAUAUGCGUAAAGAGAAUUUAUGACAGAACACAAGAAAACUUAAAAUAAAGCAUUUUUAAAAUCUAUGUACCAAAAGUAAAUUAGAUACUUUGGCUUGUGGGAAUAAAAAUAAGAUAACAAAGAGAAAGCGUGGAGGCAAAGUGCUAAAAUAAAUAAAUUGGAAUAAUAUAAGUGAAAUUUUACUUAGUUGUAGUUAUUCAUUACUUCCAUUCAACAUUGUGACACCAGGUCGUCCCAAUCCCAAUAUAUUCGAGAACAGUAACGCAAAUAUUCAAUUGACACCACUUGCGCCAUAAGUAGCUGCUGCAUCCAGCGCAUUGCGAAGUUGUCAUGGCCGGUAAUGGAGAAGCGUCGUGGUGCUUCUCACAGAUAAAAGGCGCCUUAGACGAUGACGUUACCGAUGCUGAUAUUAUAUCCUGUGUGGAAUUCAAUCAUGAUGGUGAAUUGCUGGCAACAGGUGAUAAAGGCGGGCGUGUGGUCAUCUUUCAGCGCGAUCCUAUAUCAAAAACCUCAAUACCACGUCGCGGUGAAUAUAAUGUUUACUCGACUUUUCAAUCGCAUGAACCCGAAUUCGAUUACUUAAAAUCAUUGGAAAUUGAAGAGAAAAUCAAUAAGAUCCGAUGGUUGCGACGAAAGAAUCCCGCGCACUUUCUUCUCUCAACCAACGAUAAGACGGUUAAAUUGUGGAAAGUCAGCGAACGGGAUAAAUCGUUUGAGGGCUAUAACACAAAGGAGGAGAGUGGUCUUGCGAAGGAUCCACAAAAUAUAACAGGCUUAAAAGUUCCUUCAGUUAAGCAAAUUCCACUUAUGGUGGAAGCGUCACCACGCCGCAACUACGCCAAUGCACACACCUAUCACAUCAAUUCAAUUAGCGUUAAUUCUGACCAAGAGACUUAUCUGUCCGCCGACGAUUUGCGAAUCAAUUUGUGGCAUCUUGAAGUGACCGAUCAAAGUUUUAAUAUAGUCGACAUUAAGCCAGCCAAUAUGGAAGAGCUGACGGAGGUGAUUACCGCCGCCGAAUUCCAUCCAACCGAGUGCAACGUGUUCGUGUACUCGAGCUCCAAGGGCACAAUACGUCUAUGUGAUAUGCGUUCGGCGGCGCUGUGUGACCGGCAUAGCAAACAGUUCGAAGAGCCGGAGAAUCCAACGAACCGUAGUUUCUUUAGUGAAAUUAUAAGCUCGAUAAGCGACGUAAAGCUAAGCAACUCCGGACGUUAUAUGAUCUCUAGAGAUUAUUUAAGUAUUAAAGUGUGGGACUUGCAUAUGGAAACGAAACCAAUUGAAACUUAUCCGGUUCACGAAUAUCUACGCAUUAAACUUUGCUCACUAUAUGAGAACGACUGCAUUUUCGACAAAUUCGAAUGCUGUUGGAACGGCAAGGAUACUUCCAUAAUGACGGGCAGCUAUAACAAUUUCUUUAGAGUGUUUGAUCGCAAUUCGAAAAAGGAUGUCACGUUGGAGGCGUCACGUGACAUUAUCAAACCAAAAACGGUGCUUAAACCGCGUAAAGUUUGCACCGGUGGCAAACGAAAAAAAGACGAGAUCAGUGUCGAUUGUCUCGAUUUCAAUAAGAAGAUACUGCAUACCGCUUGGCAUCCGCAAGAGAAUAUUAUCGCUGUGGCGGCAACAAAUAAUCUGUUUAUAUUUCAGGAUAAGUUUUAGCUAAAACUCCCUCAUCUCCUUCAGUUCUUCAUCACCAUUAUGGCGUCGUUAAGAAUAAUUAUUAUGAUUAAUUCUAAAUUUUAUACUUGUCGCUGCUACAAUUGCUAUCACUCACUACUUUCUAUCAGUAUCAGUGUGUAAUCAGAGCAAAAAAAAAAACAAAAACGUUAAGCGAAGUCCGGGGAGGAGGACGAAGACGAAGACGAACGUGUAGGCGUAGGCGAAGUCACAACUCAUAGUAUAUAAAUACAACUCACUAUUAGCGCUACAAAUUAACGAAACAAAAUCUAUAUUAGCAUUGUUGAUUAUCGGUACAGCGCUAACAAGCCGUAAGCCUUAGCCAAAAGACACAAAAACGUAAAGUUUUUAGUUCUAAGUUUUGCACAAAGGUUUACAUAAGCGAUAUUAUUAUUACAGCGUUUGCGACAUUACAAGGGUAGAAGGAGUAAGGGAGAACAGCUGGCCACAUCAGCAAAGUGUUCGCCUGCUGUUGCACACAACAAAAACGCCUUAAACUAAUGCUUUGUACAGUUACUCUGAUUACAGUUCUUUUAAAUUCCUUAAAAUAAUGUUGCCUCGGCUAAAUCGUUUCAGUUAUUUUAAGAAGGUGUUUUUAUACAAUAUUUAUGAGAAAACAGUAAGAAUAACAAGUAAAUAUUAAUGCAAAAAUUUCUUUGCUUAAUUUAUAAUAAAAACGGAAAUUGUUAAUAAUCAAUGAUUUUUUCUUUUUGUUGAUUCGAAUAUCCAAAAUUGAAAUAAGAUGAAAAAUACAUUAAAGAACUUCAAUUAAAAAAAAAAUAAUAAAAAAAUAAAAAAAAUUAAUAGAUGACAACUGCAGUUUGAACUCAGAAAACUAGACUAAAAACAGAUAGGAAGAGAGGGAGAGAGAGCAAAAAUGCAAAAAAUUUAACUUUAUUACACUAUCUACAAGCUUAAGAACGCGCAAGUUAUGUAUUAGAAAUAAAACAAAAACCAAAAUUUUAAGCCCUUACAUUAUUUAAAAAAAAAAAAAAUGUAUGAAGACAUGUGUUAAUGGCAACAGUAUAUGUAGCAUAGAGUUGUAAUGGGAAUGAAGAUCUAAAAUAAGGGAUCGGUUUUCCACUUAUCGAAAAUUUGUCGAUAUUUGUGAAGUAGCAGAAAACAAAAACUAUGCAAAACACCAUACUGGAGCAUAAUUUUUUGUUUUUAUAUUACAAUAAAAAUUUGUUUCAGCAAUAAACCAGGUACACAAGUUCGUAGAUAUUUUUUGUUUUACAAAAAUAAAAAAAUGACGCUAUACCAACCUAUUACAGCAUAAAAAAUUUCCCACAUAGCUAUUUGGCGAGAAAUAUAGUCGGUAACGUAGGCAACCGGCCUUGUGCCUUGGCGACACAUCACUUUAAUAAGGUCAUUCGGUAAAUAAUUCAACUUUUUUUUAUGCAAUUUUAUAGAAUAUAUCCGUUAUUUUAUUGGCGAAAUCGCUAUUUUUCGUUUUCAACCAAAAAACAGUCGUUAAUCUAAGAUUUUAAUAUUUUCGCUCAUUAUCGAUCGUUAUAACUCAGUUGAAAUUUUUUUGUUGUUAAUAGUAAGAUCGCAUAAAUGAAACCUGAUAACUACGAUUAUGUGUGGUAAAAAAAUCAAGGAAGAAAUAUAUGCCACAUAAUAUCGAUCAAAUGCGAUCGAAAAAAUAUAAGAAUAAUCUAUGUAAUAUGAUUGAGAAAAUAAAAAUCGCCUGAGAUUAUGAAAUAUGCUCGACAAAAGAGCACUCUAA